CGAUCUGUCAAAGUCUAAUGUCAAAGUUGUAAAUAAGAAAAUUAUUUCAACAUUAAAAUAGUUUUUAUUGUUAUAUUUUUAUUACAUUGUUAAAGUAUUAAUAACCACUGGUGCUUUAAAAAUAUUUAAAACCAUGAAUAAAGAGUGUAAGGAUGUUAUAUUAAAACACUUUGUUAAGCUGAUGGCAAAUUGUAAUAUUCACAUUCUAAAAAACCAUUUAAUCAACAAAGGAAUUUUUAAAGAAAAAGAAUGGGGAGAUAUAUUUGAGACAGAUGAUGCAAGGCACAAUAAAAGAAUGUUUUUCUUUAGUCUUUUUAAAAAAAAUAAUGCAUGGGUUCCUUUCUUAGAUGCAUUGCAAGAAUCUCACCAAGCCACCAUAGUUAAUUUACUCUGCAGAAAAGGGACAACCGUAUUUAAAUCUGAUAGUGAACCACCAGAACCUGAACUAUUAUUAAGCAAUCUUGAAAUUUCAGUAAACAAUACAACAACGCCACUACAAGUUCAAGUUAUCCAUUCUAAGCAGUUGUUUGAUACUGAAGAAAAAAAUAAGAAAAUAAGCUUUUAUAGUUCACGGUCUAAGAAAAGAGGCAGAGUACUUAUUAUUAAUAACUAUAAAUUUAACAACAAUAAUAAAUUCCCUUACAGAAAUGGAGCACUAGUUGACGAUGCGAAUUUAAAGGCAUUGUUUGAACAAAUGGGUGGAUGGGAUUUAGACUGCUAUCAUAAUAAGACUGCUUUGGAAAUGAUUAUGUUAAUACAAAAAUUUGCCGGAGAGGGAAAGCCUGACUAUGAUAUUUGCUGUAUGAUCAUUAUGAGCCAUGGUGGAGAGAUGAACAAUGAUACAUAUAUUUAUGGAAUAGAUGAAGAACAACAAUAUGAAUUAUCAAUAACCAAGAUAACAAAAUUCUUUACAAAUGAAAAUAGCAAAAGUUGGAGAGGAAAACCAAAAAUGUUGUUUUUUCCCAUAUGCAGGGGUGCAGAUAACCAGUUACCAAUAAAGCAUGAAUAUAGAACAGAGACUGAUUCUGCGUUUAAAAAUGUACCUGCAAACACUCCGACUGUAGCAAAUCUGAGAGCCGAAGAAGAUAUGUUAGUUGGAUUUUCAACAGCAAUGGUUUUUGAUGUUUUAGGUUACAAGGCUCAUAGAGAUCCUUAUUUGGGCUCUUGGUACAUUGAACUGCUCUGCCAAGAAUUCAUGAACCACGCUCAUGAGUAUUCUGUAACGGAGAUACUUCAACUUAUAGAUCAAGGAUUGAGACGAAGACUUUCUGAUCGUCUUACCAUGCAAACGGCGGAGUUUAGAAAUUUGGGUUUUAAAAAUCUUUAUUUGAAUCCCGGACUUUAUAUGGAAAACGGCGUAUUAAAACAUUUUCAUAGUGACUUAUAAAGGGAAAGUUCCAAGUGAAAAACUUACAGUGAAGUAAACGCUUCGGGUAUAAAUGGUACCUAUAUUUAUAAAAUUACUAAAAUAAAGAAAAUAUCCAAAAGGAUUACAAUUUUUAUCUGAAAGUUUUCAGACUUAUUGGACGAUCAUCAGUAAAAACUUGAGCAAUUGCGAAUAGUCACGAUAAAAUGCGAAAAAACCUUUCAAUUACAUUUUAAAUGUUGGAAAAGGUAAAAUUGUGUAUAAUGUCGAUGGUAUUAAAAAGAAUUCCGACGGAGCGUGGCGCGACUUUCUGAGUCAAAUGUAACAGGAAAAGAUAAAAGCUGAAGACGAGAUUCAACGUAACGUGAAAUAAAUUCAACGCAACGUGAAAUAGAGAAAUUUCUCUCAAAAUUGUAUGAUUUACGAUCCUUGAACAAAGAACAAAUCCCUUAUUUAUGGUUGUUUAUAGCAAGCGUGUAGUGUGUACGCUACACGUUUGCUAUAAAUAAGCAAUACAAUUGCUAAUUGCUAUACACACAAAAAGCGUGAAAGCAAACUUUUGUGUACGUUCGAAUUACAUUAUUAUUGUUGUACCAUUAGUUAAACACAACGUUUUAAAAACUUUUUGCCUCUUAUUAUUUUUUUGAUAAGCCAGUUUUUAUCGAGAUGCGGCUUCUUUUUUAAUAUGUUUACAUAAAAAUUUUAUGGGGGUUUUGUUCCUUUAAACCCACCAAAUGUUCAUGUACGUUCCAAUUAAACUAUUAUUGUGGUACCAUUAGUUAAGCACAGUGCUUUUAAAACUUUUUUGCCUCUUAGUAUUUUUUCGAUAAGCCAACUUUUCGAGAUGUGGUUUCUUUUUUAAUAUGGUUCAGAAUAUACCUAAAACUGUAAAUUAUGAAAAAUAAAUUCUCAUAUUAUUACCAGGUCCGUACGUUCCAAUUAAACUAUUAUUAUGGAACCAUUAGUUAAACACAGUGUUUUUAAAACUUUUUGCCUCUUAGUAUUUUUCGAUAAGCCAACUUUUCGAGAUGUGGUUUCUUUUUUAAUAUGGUUCAAAAUAUACCUAAAACUGUAAAUUAUAAAUAAAUUCUCAUAUUAUUACCAGGUCUCUAUAAUCGUACUUAACCAUAUACAAAUACUUGGUGGAUUUGACAAAUAUUCAAAAUAUCUCACGAAAGAGAAGUAGAGGAAAACCUCAAACUAGAUGGACUGAUGACAUCAAGCGAAUGGCUGCCACAAAUGGAUGUAAAAAAACAGCGAACAGAAAUGAGUGGACACAGCUAAAGGAGGCUUACAUCCAAAGAUGGAUGGAAUAGCUGUUGAUGAUGAUAUUGGCAACCAUUGGCAUAGAAUAGACGAAGAGGAUGAACUUCGGUAAGCUAAAGGAAUAGUCUCGAGAAAUAUCGGCACCAGCAAAUCAAUAGAGCCUGAUCGAAUAGGCAAGGGGAAGUCUGUGUCCAAUAACGUAUAGAGUAAGACAGGACGAACAUCUGUGUAUCAAAAAAUAAAACAAA